CCUAGAAGGGUUGAACUUUUAGUUUGUAACAGAAAGCUCAGUGGUCAGCACCUGGGAGGGGGGUCUGAGAGUCUCAAAAGCGGAAAAGCCCUGAGAACGCUGAAUCUUGGCCUUUUUCAAGGGAGGGAAGCCUUGGGGACAGCUCCUGGGUUUACCUGGAAAUUUCAAAUUGCAGGCAUGGGAUGAGAGAACAGACAGGCUCGGCCUGAGAAUCCAGCCUGUCGGAGAAGGACCUCUAGGCUACCCUGGAGGAGCCUGCCUAGGAGGGGCCUGAGCACUCACUCUGCACGGAGUUGGGGAGAGCGGGGCGGUGGAGCCCCGGGAGGCCCGCCCCUCGAAUACAUCUCUCAGGGCCUCCGCUCCCAGGGCAGUGUGCACAUCUGGGCAGCUGGCGGGAGCAUGAACAGCUCACAGGUGGGGGCUGCGGCCAAGGCUGCCUGGCUGGGCUGCUGUAACCAGUCCGGGUUGCCACUGCAGCCGCCGCCGCCGCCGGAGGGGCCGCGGAUGGUUCAGGCAGUGGUGCUGGGUGUACUGUCCAUUCUGGUGCUGUGCGGGAUCCUGUUCCUGGGUGGUGGACUCCUCCUCCGAGCCCAGGGCCUGAUAGCACCACUGGCUCGGGAGAGGCGUGCAUCCCACGAGGCCGAGCCCGGUGCCUGUGGAGGGGAUGACUCCUAGGUGUCAGGCUGUUCUUGAGAGAGGGUCAGCCCCUUCUGGGCCUUCCAGAGCCCAUGUCUGUGGAGCACAGUGGAAGGUCCAUCCCACAAGCUCUUGUCUCCUGCGCAGAUGCUGGAGCCAGCUGUUCCUCCCGGAGAGCUCUUCCUCUACAAUACCGUCGCACCAGGGAGCCCCUGCCACUCACCCCACCCUGUUCGUUUGUGCUGCCGAGGAGGACGGACUGAAGAUACCUGGACUGUGGUGACACCUCCCUCACUCUGGGAUCCUGGCGCUCAGUACUGCCUCUGAGCUGCUCCCUGACACCUGGGGUGGGUCCAGGAGAGCCAUGCUCCAGGAACACGUGCGUCUGCUUGGUGACUGCUGUGUGCUCUGGGCCCUGAAGGCGGCUUCACACCCCAACUGCUAGUGUGUCCUCUGCACACCAGGCCCCCGUGGACACACGUGCAGCUCCUGUCCUGCCUGGUGCUGGACAGUAGUGUCCUACAGCCCAGCAACCUGUUGUAACCUGUUGUUGCUGAGAACCAUAGGUUAGUGCCUCCCGCCUGGAGAGCGUCGGCCAUCCAGCAAUGCGCCACCACUGUCCAGGGCUCGCUAUUAAACAGGCCAGCAACGCA